CAGCUCUUUAUUUUGGAAAACUUAAGACCUACAUCAAAGUAGAACAGUGUAAUUAGCCUCUAUUAAAACUCAACCACUAGUAAGACUCAGUGGCCAGUCUUAUUUUAUAUGUGUAUGUGUGUGUGUAUCCCCUGCCUCCUGUCAUUUUCAGGCAAGUCUCAGACACACCGUUUAAUCUGUAAAUAUCUCAGCAUGUAUUUCUAAAAGUUUAGAAAUUAAACAAGUUCAUUAAUCAAAAAUAAAUGGGAUGAAUGUUUAAUUGGCCGGAGUCCUCAACUGUAGUACUGGUCUGGUAGCUUACUUUCCAUUGUGUGUCUCAAGGGGACCAAGUAACGAGUCUGCCGCUCUGGCACCCUCCCCUCUGCGAUGUAGGAAGACUCUAGCAUCACCUCCUGUUUUGUUAAAGCAUUUUUCCUUCGAACAUAUAACAGUAUAUUUACAGUUGACCCUGGAACAAUGAGGGAGGUGAGGGGUGCCAGCCAUCCUCCCACCCCCCGUUCAGUCAAAUCCAUGUAUACUUCCCCAAAACUACUGGUAGCCUACUGUUGACCAGAAGCCUUACCUAUAAUAUAGUUAACAUGUGUGUUGUAUGCAUAUUAUGUACUGCAUGCUUAGAAUAAAGUAAGCUAGAGGAAAAGUGUUAAAAUCAUAAGGAAGAGAGAAUACAUUUAUAAUAAUCGGCUGUAGAAUAUCCCUGUAUGAGUGGAUACAUGCAGUUCACAUUCAUGUUCAAGGGUCAGCUGUAUUUUUCAGUUUGGAUUAAAACCCAUUUCUUGCCUUCUUGAGGUUAUAAUAAUAAGCCAGUCAUAUUUCAGCUUAGAUAUUUAUCUCCUCUCCUUAUACAUUACACCUGUAGGCAGUCUGUCUGGUUUCCUCAGUAUAUUGUUAGUGUCACAGAAGACAAACCACCCUGUUUGCAAGGUCUGAGAAAACUUGGACUACAUACAGGUUGUUAGCCACCUUCUGAUUAAAGUUUCUGGAGAUGUUACAACGGAAGAAUUUAGCGUGGGAGUUUUUUGAGCUUGCAUCCAUUCCGUGCUUUUAAAAAUGCAUUUUAGAUGGGCUGUGUGAAUAUUUUUAAACAGUAUUCUAAAGUGCAUGAAACAAAAGGAAAACACUCGAGAAUUUAUUGUGUAUAUUAUCUGUGGGAUGGGACUUCUUUCAGGGCCGAUUUUCAGGUGUGAGUUCAGACUGAUUUUUAGUUGUUUAUGAAAGAACCCCAAGGACUACUUUUAAAGAAUUUUAUGUUAGAAUUGUAAUGCUUGUACAUGGUUCAAAAAACAACAGAAGUGUUAAGUGAUCUCUCUCCCUUUUCCUGUCCCUCUGUUCUUCUCCAGGAGCUACUGUUAACAGUUAUUCGUUCUGGAGGGAGGUGGGCGGUGGGGGAUGUAAGCAUAUAUGUAUAGACCUUUUUUUAUAUAUGAAGUACACCAUAUGUUUUGAAUCUUGCUGUUUUCACUCCGUAUAUUUAGAAACAUUGAGAUGUGGGAGACCGCCCUUUUAAGUUUUAACAUGUAGUUUUUAAAAAUACAUUUCAAGUAAACCAAAGCGGAGAAGUCAAUGUGUUUUUCAUUGUUGUAUCAGAUUUUUAAAUUUCCUACUUUGAAAAUGCCGUUUGAGAGUCAUAGUUGAUCUGUUUCUUCUCCUCAGCCCUCCCAGGUAGCUCAGUUGUCAACAGAUUUAAGAAUGUUUAGGAACAACAGCUUUGGAAGUAGUUUGGCAUAAAUGGCCGUGCCCUAAUUUCUUGUGUGGCUAUUCCACUCCUAGAUACAUACCCUAGAGAAACUCUUAACACGUGUUUUCAGGAGAUGGAUGUGAAAAUGUCAUAACAGCGUUGUUUGUAAUAGGAAGAAAAGGAAAACAAAAAUAAAUUGGAAGGACCCCACAUGUCCUUCAACCACUGGGUAGAUUCUGUGGCCUCUUCCCGCAGUGGAAUUGGACGGAAGUCAGCCACAGCUACACGUGUGAACACGGAUGAAUCUUGGAAAAGCAAGUUGCAGAAGAAUACAUCCACUAUGGUUCCGUUUCUGUGAAGGUCAAAAUCAGGCUGUUAAAUAUGGUAAAUGAAAGAAAAGCAAGAAAACGAUCAACUUGGAGUUCAGUGUUACCUCUUGCAUCGAAGGGAGAGGAGACCGUGGAGGGCAAGGAACAGCCUUCAGAGGAACUGCUGACGAUGCUUUGUUGCUAAAGCUGGGUGGGCGGUUUCUUUUUUAAACUGUAUGUUUAUGUGCUUUUGUAUGUAUGAUAUUUCUUAAUAAAAUUUAAAUUUAAAAAA